AAUUUAAAUUUUACCUAGAAAUUAGUAAGAUAUAUAUGUGAGUUCCUUAAUAUCUGUAUUAUUUAAUAAUUGGAGCUGUAGAAUCAUGGAUAUUACGAUAAUAUUAAUUUUAACUACAGGCUUCUAUGCAAUUUUAAUGUUCUUUGAUAUGUUCUUUAAGAGUUGUAUGCAUUAUCCAUAUAUACAGUAUUUGAAGGGGACUGGGCUACAAAUAAAGUUUUUCCAAAUCCAAUGGACUACAACAAUUUUCAACAGAUUCUUCUUGAGAUGUGGCUACCAGACCAGAUUCCUAAACAACUGGUUCCUAUUAGGACUCUACAUCACAUUAACACUGCUCCCUCUGUCCGUAUUGCUUUUGCUCUUUGGAAUUGGGCAAAGUCUUUUCUUGAGCAACAAUGAUGAAAAUUUGAUCAUCGAACCUAUAAUACCAGGUGUGAACACACCAAGCUCUGAAUUGGGUUACUACAGUCUGAGCCUUAUUAUUUGCACCAUAGUCCAUGAGUUUGGUCAUGCCCUGGCAGCAGUUAUAGAGGAUGUGCAUAUAAUCAAUGUUGGAUUCAAUUUAUUCUUUGUCCUACCAGUAGCUUAUGUUAAUUUAAGCUCUGAUAACUUGAACUCUUUGAAUGUGUGGAAGAGACUGAAGAUUUUAACUGCAGGGAUUUGGCAUAAUUUAGUGCUAAUUGCUGUGGCAUAUCUGAUUUACAGUAUUUUACCUUUUUGCUAUUCGGCAGCUUUCAGAAUAGAUGAAGGUGUUAAGGUAACUUAUUUAAGUGAAAACUCUCCUCUGCUGGGAGGUAAGGGAUUCGAAUUGGACGACAUUAUAACAAGGAUCAACAAUUGCCAAGUCAAGAAUGAAUAUGACUUCAAGAUGUGUUUAAUACAAGCGAGGAAUGAGAAAAUUGGAUAUUGCGUUGAAACGGAUAUGGUGCACAAUUUGGAUGAGAGCGUACAGCUGAGGCAAACUAAUACCGCUUUCGAUUGUUGCCCACAUGGAAAGGAGGAUGGUAUUUGCUUCGAGUACAUUGAGAAGACGGACGGAGUUAUGGAGAUCCCGCCACAUGCUUGUUUACCAGCUAGAAUUAUUAUAGAAACUUCCCAGCAUCACUGCAAGAACAGUGUUGAAUGCCCUGAUGAAUUGCAUUGCCUAAAGCCACUGCUAGAGAACAACACCAGUCUUUUCAAGAUUUCUCGGGUUGGGAAGGCACCAGUCAUUUAUAUUGGCCAUCCAUCUGAUAUUUUUCUGACUGUGAAAAUAUCCUCUUACAUCCCCAAGUACAGUUUAUCAAAGCACCUGCAUCCAGAUGUAAUGCUGAAAUUUCUAGAGUACCUGAUAGUGAUUUCAUUUGGAUUGGCUUUGAUCAAUGUGAUACCUUGCUUAUUCAUGGAUGGACAACAUAUAAUCCACUGUUUGGCACAAAUGUUCACAAAAGACUCAAAACCCAUAGCUAUGGCAAUUACUUUACUAUUUACAAUACUUUUAAUGAUACACUGCAUUCACUCUAUUUAUCUAAACUUAAAAUAAAGUCACUUGGCCAG